AUGUCUGUAAUAGACUGCUCUCUUGACGAGGCAUCCUUUUUGAGAGCCCAGUCUCCUUCUCUUGUUCGAUAUUUGACCAUUAUCGACAACGAUCCAACUCUGAUUCAAAAAAAGGCGACCUCCAAAAAACGCACUAUUGCUGAUAUACUCAAAGAGCACCAUGAGUAUUACGGAAUUCAUCCGAAACAAGAAGCUGAUAGCAACCAAAAAAAGAUAACUUUGCCGGAGCGCCUGAUAACCCUCGCCAAGACGCAUCUUGUAUCGAAGCUCACAAAUGCUCACGAUGACUUGACUUUUGAUAAACUGGCAGCAUUGUAUUGCGCUUCCAAAGAGCCGAUCGAUAUUUUGCCUUUCGAAGUGAGCCUCAAAUUGCAUGGUGAAACACUAGAAGUAUGGACUGUGCCCCGGGGAAAGCAGAAGUCAUUGCUGUUGUUCAAAUUGCAAAUCAGCAGCCAGUACGCACCCUUCUUGCAAGCACAGAUGAACUUUGCAAGGAAGGCUCCCAAAAUCGACCCCAUCCGGUUAGAAAAGCCGACCUUGAGCCUCCAAAUUGUCCUUGACCAUGAGAAUCGGGAAUUUUCUCUGUAUAUUGACAUUAAGUUCAAGUUAGAGAUUCAAGAGACAGUGGACUACAGAUACCCCCUUGAUGCUAUCAAAAAAAUCCGCGAGCUCAGUCCAUUUAUUUUCACGCCUAUAUUGACGCCCUACCAAAGAGCUUAUUCCUCCAAGCCGUUUCCAAAACCAACAGAGUCUUCAUUUUACGACUUGAUAACCACAAACACGGAAAAAAUGGCUUACGACAAUAAAACAUUGGAAAUUCCUGACAUUCGCAAGACUUUGAUGAAAUUUCAGCAGCAGACAUUGCGCUGGAUGCUCCGACACGAGGGUGUUUGCUUCAACGAAACUUUGAAAAUAAUUGAAAGGCUGCCACCGGUUGAGUAUUCGCCUGAUGAUACAAACAGAAUCUCUGAAUCAUUGGACCAGGUAAGUUUCGGCUGGUCAUACAUGAAGAUGGUUGACUCUGAUUCAUACAUCUGGUAUAAUUCGUACACUGGUAAUAUCGUUUCCACGGACAUAGCCAUUGCCUAUCUGUCUCAGUACAACCAAUAUCCAAAGAGCGCCAAAGCAUUGCUUUCCGAAGAGAUGGGUCUAGGAAAAACAGUCGAAGUCAUUUCACUCGUAUCGAUCAAUCCAAGAACGCAGCCUUAUGGAGAAACGAAGAUGGACAGCUUCAAUGGAGGAAGAUACAUUACGGAGGCCAAAACUACUUUAAUCAUUUGUCCGCAGUCCAUUAUCGGUCAGUGGAGACAGGAAAUCGAGGACAUUUCCACAACCUUGAAAGUUAUGAUAUACGAGGGUAUAUAUAACUAUGAGAGGGAAGCCGAGAGCUCAAAUACGAGACUCACCCCUUCUGAUAUGGCCGCCAAAAUUCGAGAACAUGACAUAGUGCUCGUAUCUUAUCAUACAGUUUCGCGAGAACUUCAUAGGGCCAUCUUCAAGCCUGUUUCAAGACCUACGCGGAAGUGUGCCAAGAGAAUAAAGCUUGCGCCGGGGGGCGCUGAUGACAAGGAAAUUCCAGGAGUCAAGUUGGAGCCUGAUGAGGUGGAAUUCGAGGACACUCAAUACGAAAGGACGGACUAUUCCUCGCCGCUGAUGCUAUGCGAGUUCUGGAGAGUUGUUCUUGAUGAAGUGCAAAUGACUGCAAGCAUGACAACAAAUGCCUCGAAAUUUGCGAGGAUCAUUCCUCGCGUACACUCUUGGGGUGUUUCAGGAACGCUGAUAAAGAAUAACCUAAAUGAUCUUUACUCCCUUUUAAGUUUCUUGAGACUGAGCCCCAUUGAUUUAUAUUCUAUUAACGGGGAGACUUCUCCGUGGCUCAGUAUAGUAUCAGAAGCUCCAUAUUUCCAAUUCCAGCGGCUUUUCAAAACGAUUUGUCUUCGUCACACGAAAAAAAUGGUGGCAGACCAAAUCAAGCUCCCUCAACAAAGGAGAAUUUUGCUCCGUAUGCCAUUCAGUGUCAUUGAGCGUGAUAACUACGAUAACCUGUUCGCAAACUUUCUUCGCCAAGUGGGACUUAAUGAACAAGGCGAACCAGUAGUUGAUGACUACGAUCCAGCAAGAUACUAUACAACAAUGCGCCAGUGGCUGAUUAGGCUGCGUCAGGUGUGCUGUCAUGCUCAACUGGGAUCGAGCGCCAGCAAUAGGCGUAGACUAGGAGGGAUAUUUUUUGGUGACGAUAACGGAAGCGACAAAACAGGCAUGAUUUUGGGAACAUUGGACGAUGUUCUUUCCAAUCUCAAGAAAACUACUUUUGACGAGUAUGUGUCGGGAGAAAGAAACAUAUACAGUCUGCAGUUGAGACGAGGAAAGAUCUACGAGUUUUUGAGACUUCCGGAGAAGUCUAUGGAGAUAUUUGAAAUGAUAAUGCCGGACAUUGAGCUUAAAGUUAAGGAAUUUCAAGAUUUAGGUGAAGAAAAUAAUGCCAGGUUGCGGUCGUGGUUGGAGCUCCUAUAUCAAACUUACUUCCUUUAUGCUUCCUCGCAUUAUCAGCAUUAUCGGCCAAUGCGGCCAAUGCCAGAUGCGUUCGAUGGCAAAGGACACGUUCCUGAUGUUGAGGAAGAUGUUCUGAAUCCAGUUGAAGAGGUGGACUUGAAUACUCUAUCUGAAGAUGAGAAGUUGCAUUACCAGAUUGAAAACGAAUAUUACAGAAAGGCAGAUGAUUUACUCACACAGAUUCUUCAAGAGCCUAUUGUCAAAGUUAAUGAGGCGAUUUCCAAACUUAUUGAUAAAAUCAGCACCUAUUCGAAAUACAAAUUUCCCAAUAAAGCACACAAGAAGACAUAUGCUGCUAUCCUGAAAGAGUUUGAUUUGGACAUUCCAAAUGACCUUUGGAAGGUUUGUCAUACCGAAUCGGUGGAUUUGGGUGAAAAUUACGGUCAUUCGAUGCAUGCACAAAUGUUCCACGAGAGACUUUUCAAGGCAAUAUCUGAUUUGGAUUUACAGGGACACAUAAUCAAUGUUUGGAUCUCUAAAUUGGUAGAUCUGCUGAAGGAGCCGGUCACUAAGGAUGAUGAUAAUCAGAAUACAGGUGAAGAAUAUGGUGCUUCUCUCAUAAAUCAAGAGCUUGCGCAUACCUAUUUAGAAGAGUUACAGUUGAUACUUGAGGACCGAGAAAAUGCAAUGAUAUCUUUUGAUGACUCAUCUCAGAAAAGAGGAAAGAAUGCGAAGGAAAAGAUCAUUAUAAAUGUGAAUCAGCCUACAAAUUAUGAUCUUCACCUUCAUUUGGACAAAAUAAGAAGAGCUGUUCUUCCUGAAGGGGCGUACAACUCAAAGUUUUGUCUACGGACGCUUACAACAGACGCCCAAAAUCUAGUACUGGACUUUCAGAAGUAUGAUGAAAGCGGCAAUACUUUGUCAAGUGACUAUGAGUUUCUGAAUAGUCUCAGUCCACUGAUCAAGAAAGAAUUUGAUUUGCAAAGAAAGAAUAUUGUGCAUCUCCGAACCAAGCUCUUUGAAAUCCUAAAUGAUACAUUUAACUCCAAAAUUACCUAUUUCAAAUCGUUGCAGAUAAAGUCGGAUAUUGUUGCUAGGUACCUUCCUGUUAGACCUGCUGUCUCCCCUAAUAUGACUCCUUUAGAAAAGGCAGAGCAGGAUCUACGAGGUUUAGACUUAGAGAUCCGGGCUUUGCAAGAUUCGGUACGUGCGAGUAAAGUCAGACUGACUUACUUGAAUAGUAUCAUUGACGAUUCUUUCGAAGACGUUGAAAAAGAAUCUAGAAAUGAAAAGUUGUGUGUUAUCUGUCGUUCCUCCAUAGUCGUGGGUACCCUAACUACAUGUGGUCAUCAAUUCUGCAAAGAUUGUUUGGGAGAGUGGAUGAGACUGCAUCCUACUUGUCCAAUGUGCAAAAAACGGUUGUAUGCUUCCGAUCUGUAUUCAUUUACCGUGACCCGGAAGGAAUUGAAAGGAGGGAUGAUGGCAGACUCACAAGAUUCGACAGAGUCAAAACCUAUGAGCGAGGUCAACAGAGACCUUUCCCGACUUUACCAGUCUUUAGAUCCAACAAUGCUGAAAGAAAUCUCGUCAAUUGAACUAAAGAAAAAUUAUGGCUCCAAGGUGGACAUGAUUGUUCGACAAAUAAUCUAUCUGAAACAGAUGGAGCCAGAUGUUCAGAUUCUUGUUUAUUCACAAUGGACAGACUUUCUUAAAUUCUUGGGAAGGGCGUUGCGUCAAAAUGGUAUCAGUUUUCUGUCCUCGUCAGAUGUGACUCACGGUGAACCUAAUACUAAGAAGGGAAGAAGCACUUUUGGCAGCAAGGAGAUUGACAAAUUUAAAAGAGAUCCGCGAAUCACGUGUUUCCUUUUAAAUGCUAAGGCACAGGCUGCCGGUCUUACUCUCACGAACGCGUCUCAUGUGUUCUUGUGCGAGCCGCUGGUCAAUCUUCCUUUGGAGCUGCAAGCUAUCAGUAGAAUUCAUCGAAUUGGCCAGUCUCAAGAGACUAAAGUUUGGAACUUUGUCAUUGAAAACUCUGUUGAGGAGUCUAUUGCUAUUCUCUCAACCAAAAAGAGGAUGGAACUUGUCCGCAGGAGAAGCCAUCCAGAAUCCACUAUUGAAUAUUUGGACGAUGAUUUGGUGGAUGCCACAGAGCUAUCCAAAACAUUAAACGGUCUUGUUGAUAAAAAGGUCAGCGGCGGGGAAGUUGUUUCCAACGAUGAGUUAUGGGCAAGUUUCUUUGCAGCGAAGUCUGGCGAUUUGGUUGAUUCUAUUGUGGCGCAUCCAGAGUGA